GCUCCCUACACCCAACCCACCACCUGAGAGCAACUAAAUACCCAGUUGCAACAUAUUCAACAACUCAAACAACAACUUCAACAACAACAACAACAACAAGACCUACUACAACAACAGCAAAGUCUACAACUUCAACAACAACUUCAACAACUUCAACAACAACAGCAACAAAUUGCUGA